UGCCAAACAAUCUGCCUCGAAAACCUUUUAGCAAGUUUCUUCCUCAAUCUCGUCAUGUCAGAUUCAGAAAGGACUAAUUUCACUAAGAGAUGAGACCAACGCUUUCCAAGAGUGGUUGUUCACUUCCUCCAAGAAUGCUCAAUGAUGGUUCAAAGGUUCAGCAAAGAUAAUUUGCAACAGGUCUUAGAACAUGAAGGACAAGAGUCUGGGCUGAACCCUGAUAGUGAAAUUGCGCCCAAAGGCUAGUGCUUCUGAAGAUGGUGGUGGGCAGGAAGAGGAGACAGCCUCUUCAAAGGAAUGUGGGAGAGAUUCUCCAGUUCAUAAGGAAGGUGCAGGAGUGGCAGUAGGAAUAAUAAAGUUAGGAGCGGUACCCUGCCAGGAUCAUUUUUCACAGAGGCGUGCCAGAGACAUGCAGCUCUGGCAUCUUUCCUGCCUUCUGACUUGGACUUCACCUCUCCCGGUGGCCUACAAGCAGCUGCGUCAGCAACUCGCAGCUCCAGUUCCAGCUCCACCCCACACGGCGCAGAAUCCAGGAGAACUGCGUGAUCCCAGCCUGCCUGCACUCCUCUCGCUGCUUUGGUUGAGAGGUACAACAAUGGAUCUUGUCCUGGCUUAUGCAGAUCGCUCUGUUUUGACGCCAUAUGUUUAUCCAGCCACAUGGCCAGAAGAUGACCCUUUCCGACAGAUUAUUAGUCUGUUUGUCGUAACAAACCUAGGUGCCCUUGUUAUUUACUUUCUGGUUGGUAGCUUUAGCUACUACUUCAUUUUUGAUCACUCACUGAAGGAACACCCCCAGUUUUUAGAGAAUCAAGUGCAGCGCGAGAUAAAGCACACCCUCAAGUCACUGCCAUGGAUUAGCAUCCCCACGGUUGCCAUCUUCUUUGCCGAAGUCAGAGGGUACAGCAAGCUGUAUGAUCACGUUGGCGACUCUCCCUAUGGUUGGCUGGGUGUCAUUGGCAGCAUGUUCUCUUUUCUCUUCUUCACUGACAUGUGCAUUUACUGGAUCCAUCGGUUUCUUCACCAUAAACUUCUGUAUAAGCGUUUCCACAAGCCCCACCACUUAUGGAAGGUCCCAACGCCGUUUGCAAGCCACGCUUUCCAUCCGGUGGACGGGUUCCUUCAAGGCACCCCGUAUCACAUCUAUCCUUUCUUUUUUCCUCUGCACAAGGUGACCUACCUGGCCCUGUAUAUCUUUGUUAACAUCUGGACCAUCUCCAUUCACGAUGGGGAUUACCGUGUUCCUGAUAUAUUGAAGCAGAUUAUCAACGGGGCUGCCCAUCACACUGACCACCACUUGUACUUUGACUACAACUAUGGCCAGUAUUUCACGCUCUGGGAUCGAAUCGGGGGCUCCUACAAACACCCGUCCUCGUUUGAAGGGAAAGGGCCCCACAGCUGCUUGAAAAAGCGGAAGGAAAGCGAAUUGAGCAGUUCGAGAAAUGGCCACACAGCUGAGGAAGGACUAGGCGGCGAUUCAAAAAACAAAUAAGCCCCUCCUUGUGCAAGACUAAAAAGUUCCACAUGCAUUCAGAGCUGUAUAGAAAUAGAAUUAUUCUUUGCAUAUAACAGCAUGUGCAUUCAGGCACUAAAGACAUCCAUGAGGAACCUUCAUAAUGGAAUUAAAUAAUGCAGAAUCCAAAAGUUCUGUUUUGAGGACUGGGCUUGUGAUUAAUGGUGGCAUGUUAAUUAGGGAGGGCUCUUGUCUCUUCUUGCAUGAUAUGUAGGAACUGAAACGUGGCAUGCCACUGGCAUGAGAUAAAACCCUUUGCUGCUUCUUCUGAAGCUAACCCUGGAACUCUUUUCUGCACUUACCAGUCGUUGGCCCGUAAUUCUAGCAAGAUGCCUCAAGUCAGUGUUGUGCAACUAACUGGUUUUGCCAUUGCAUUUUACAAGGAAGAAGAGGGACUUUGAUUUUUGGAGGGGGCCGGGUUCCUUUCUUUAUAUGGAUGAAUAUUAGACAAACAAUGAGACAAGUAUUUCUAGUGGAUGCUGCACUCAUUUUUGGAAGGGACCUGUCUGUUGAGGCAGUGAGAGGCAAGGAAUAGUUUCAUGUGGCCCAAAAGUCAUUCAAAUGUUCUGGGCUUUCUUGAUGAUGAAGUGUUGCAACAACAUGGCAGUUUGCUUAGCUUGUGUUGCUGUUGUAGAAUAGAUGCUUGCUGGGUAUUUUAAUAUCCCUUGGCCGAAAGCAUUGCAAUGGAAGUGCAGAAAUAAAGCAUAGGAGCGCUGAUGUACUUUUAGGAUUCCUCUAAUAUCCAUUCAGAAAUACUAUAGUCUGCAUCUUGAAGGGUGUCAUGGGCAUGGGAACCUGGCCUUUCCAGGGAAGGUAAGAUGUACGGUUCAGGUGAAUAGCUAUGCAGAAUAAUCGGAGUAGUGGCCGGUGGCUUAAGAAUGGAGGGACGGGGCUUUCUGAACCCAAAACACCCUUUUGUGGAGUGAAAAGAAGCUUGGGAUGAAUCUGUUUGUGGCACUAAUGGCUGUUUUGUGCACUCGGCUCCUUUGCAGAGCGCCAGGAACUGCUUUUUAUGCAUACUGUUGCCCUGGUCACAGGAGUCCGUAAUAUCAUGGUGGGUUUUCACAUACGAAAACCUACUUGUUGAUUGAGCCGAGUUGAUUUGUCUUCUCAUCAUAUUUCAUUCUGGAGUCUAAACACCCAAAAAGCUAAUUUAAACAGCCAAGCAGUCGCCAUGCUGCAUGUCCCUGCUUUGAUGGAGGCAAAUGCAUAAAAUUCUGGCGAUAAUACAAAAAGGAGUUUUGUUUGAUCAAUACGUUUUCCGAAAUAUUUAGUUUUUUCUCUUGAAGUAGGCAAGUUGUGUCUCUUUUUAAAAAGGGGUGGGGAGAUGAAAAUAUGACUGCUAUUAAUGUUGUGUAGACCUACAAAAUAAGUCAUUGAAAAGAAGAAUGUUUAUCUGGUGAAGGUAGAAUAUAUUGUUGCUGUCGACGGUGCUCUUGAAUGCUUGUCUUGUGCAGGUUAAUUCUAUCUAGAAGUGUUGUCCUUUUUCAUUUGUGUGGGUCCCUCUUUCUACAGGGCUUUUCUGUAAUAUCCAACUCCAAAGCUGUGCAUUUUAUUCCAUGACCAGAUUGAAAAAAGUGAGCAAAAUAUACACAGUCAUAUAAAAGCAAGGCAAAUAAUUAUUCAGAAACAUAGUGUAUCACCCACACUGAGCAAAUCAGAAGCUUGUUAUUUGAAGCUUCUCUUCAAUUCAGCUUCAAGAAAAAAUGUAGCAACUUGUCCAGUAGCUGGAGAGACUGGUUGGCUAAAUAGUAAGCUAGAGCAAACAAAUUAGAGGCUAAAAGCCACACGCGUUAUCUGCUCAUACUCACAAAACAUUUAUCCUUGUCUCCAAAUCCCCUGAGCUUCAAGGACAAUAAGGAUCACACUGAAUCUCCUCUCUAUCAUGGCAACUGUGGGAAUGGGCCAGUAAGAAUGUAACCUAAGGGCUUUAAACCAAAACAGUAUUUAGCUAGUUAGCUUGUUUACUUCCAAUUGGAAACUUAAUUCCCAAAGCAGAAUAUAGCUGCCAAUGUUCUCUGAUUUUUGCCAUUCCACAUUGUGCAAUCUUAAAAGAACUUUUCCUUGCCCAAAGAAUAGAGCUCAAAUGGAAAAAUACCAAAUUACUUUGCAGUUUAUAACCUUCAACCAGCUGUUUAAGAGUCUUACCAGAACAGUAGCAAAACUGCUGUUGGUUAAAACAAAUUUUAAUCUCUAUAUUUAGAGUAGAUGCCUGCUAUGUUAUGGCAUUGAAUCUAAUUUUUGGAUUAACUACACACCAAGGGGCCCUAAGAAUUGUUUUCAGAACACUUUUCAACUUCAUUGCUUGUGUUGUGUACCCAAACAGCUAACCUGUGUGUGAGUUGAGUUAUAAGAUCUUAGUAUGAAAUACCUGUAAAACCACAUUAUUAGCCACUUUUUCAUAAUAGAAUAGUAGAAAAGCUGGUGGGAUAUUACGUGCCAACAAGUGUGCAGAACACCAUUACAGGUCAUUUAAACUAGGAUGAAAAUGAAUACCAAGGUAUUUAUAGUACAUUUUUGGUAUUAUGAAUGGAUUCCCAGUGUGAAUUCAGCUAUACAAUUCUCUUCUGUUUUGAAAAGACUUAAAAACUUGCUUUUGGGAUAAUUUAUAGCCAAAUUAAGUGGGCAGAGAUCUUCAGCACCAAGAUUUAAGAAAGAUGCAGAAAAAUUAGAAAGGGUCUGGAGGAGGGCAACGAAAAUGAUUCAUGGUUUGGAAACACUACCCUGUGAGGAGAGACUGAGAGAACUGGGCAUGUUCAGCCUUGAGAAGAGAAGACUGACAAGGACAAGGUAUCUCUCUAUAAGUACCUCAAAGGCUGGCACAAAGCGGAAGAACAGGAUCUCAACUUGCUGAUACCAGGGUGUAGGACACCGAAUGAUCAACUCAAGUUGCAGAAACGAGCAUUCAGGCGAGAUAACAGGAAAAGUUUUUCCACUGUCAACAAUAUGACAGAGUCAUGGGUUCUCUCACACUGGAAACAUCCAAAAGAAACUUGCCAGCCCUCUGAGCGGGAUGGUGUGACUUGGUGUCCUGCAACAGCAGGAGGUUGGACCCAAUGGCCUUCUUGGCCCCUUGCAACUCUGCUAUUCCACGCUUCUGUCAUUUGACAAUAAGAUGGAGUCAUCCGCAUUCAGCAACAAUGCUGUCCAUGUGCCCGCUAGGUUGGGGGCAUCAGAGUCAAUGGCAUUUAAUCUGGGAAGUGGAUCAUUCAAAAAUAAAUGAAGGCGGUAUUAAUACUUGGCCUCAUUUCCUAUAUCGAGCAGAGUAGAAUAUUUUGGAUUCUGUGAUCAGCAGCAGCUCCAGCCCCAAAGAUGGGGAUCCGGACUUCAGCGACCUUCCUUCUGCCACACGGCCAGCACAAAGAACCGUACGGGCUGCUUCUCCCAGGCUAGAGUGCUGACCUUAGGCCAUUGAGAGGACUGUGUUCCCUGCUCUGCACUGGAAGCUCGAAAGCCUCUGCAGUGCAAUCAGUAGGACUUCCAGCAUCGCUUGGGCCCCAUCUGGGGGCCACUGUCUCUAAUUUGAUGCUAAAGAUCUUCAUUUAAUCAGUUGCAUUUUAUAAUUUCUUGUGAUGCUACAUAGAAACAGAGCAAGUCAGAAGGGGCUUCCUGGGGGCCAUCUAGUCUGACCCCCGACUGCACUCAUGCCAUGCCAUGUGCAUGUCCAUGUUGAGGGUAUGUGUAAUCUCUCCGGAGAUGGGCCAUUUUGUCUCGCCAAACCUGCUAGCCCUUUUACAUGAAACCGAGCAGUCUUCUUCGGCUGAAGAGGAGCAGCAGUUUCAUACGUAUCUACUCCAUUUAUCUUCCGCCCUCAGCCAUGCAAGGCUUUAUGAAUGCUGGGAGAGCAAAAGAAACUCUGCAAAAAGCUGAACCUUUUUUUAAAUGUUGAAAGCCCAGCCUUCAUUUAAUUUAUGCUGUUCACAGAAUCAUGAAUAAUUCUGUCUCGCUGACAGAUCUGCCACUUAAAGUACUCGCGUGCAUCUCUCAACCUGAGACUGCAAUCACAGAGGGGCGGUUAAGACUCAGGGGAGGAAUUCUUGAAAGUCGGGGACUGGAAAAGGCUGAGCUGAACACCACUGGGUAUUCUUUGAAGAUGUUUGCUGUUGCCAGGGAGCGACUGUCUGUGACUUGAAGCGAGCGCGACAGAAUCUCCAGGAGGAAGGCAAGGAGCAAACGGCGGCUUGUGCUAGAGGAACAAGUUUUCCAAAAGGAUCCCGCACCGCCCCAAAUAAUGUUGGCUUGGGUUUCUGUCAAAUGUUCUGCUUGUUAUGUUCAAGCCCUGGAACAUAUAAGAAUGCCAGAAGUUUUUGCACAGUGUUUGUAAAUGUGAAAACCUGGAUGUGGUUCCAAGUGUCUGUUGAGUGAGAUCUUUGAUUCAUUUGCCAGUCAUUCAUAAUGGCUCCUUGCGGUAAACAAUAAAGGAAACUUUCAGAUGAA